AUGUGGAGUGUGAAACUGGCCGACAAGCCUUUCGUUUAUUCAAUUUUCGGAAUCCAGUAUCCAACCGGAAAUCCCACAAAAUCCCAGAAAGAUCUUACAGAGGAGUUUGACGGUCUUAUUUCCGGCCAUGCGGUACAUAUUGAGAGACUGGCGCAAGACGGCUGCGCCACGCCAUUCACUGGGAAGUCGCACAUCUGGCUCGCGUACUGGAAGUCCAGCACGGACUACCAGAGGUGGUGGGCUCGAGACAAUGUGUCUCAAUUCUGGGCAGAUCUUCCUAUUGACGCGGGAAUGUGGAGAGAAGUCCUGACACCAUCCCCUCGACGAAGUCAAUAUGGAGCCAACCAGACAGAGCCCUCCGGCCUCGGACACUUGGGCGAAAGAUUUGAUAUUGGCCACAAGGCAGCCUAUUGGGGAUGCUACCGCCAUCGAAUGUCUGAUCACACUUCUGAUAAAAUGGUGUCUCCGGUGAAAGAGAAAUUGGAGCCUCAUCGACCUUUAUGCAGUUCGUCAGCGGAGAGAUCGGGUCUUGAUACUCGCCCUGCUCGGGUUCAUCUGACGCAGUUUCCAGACAACAUCUGUUUCGUUGUCGAAGGGCAAGACCAUUCCGCCAUUACAGCAGAAGAACAACAAUACUGGGUGGGGAAUUUUGAUGACUCGGUCACUCAUUGGAUGAAAGAUCUCAUGGAGGCAGGACCUGAGUCAGGGAUUCUUGAUGGACGGAUAUGUUAUGAUCCUGAGAGUGGCUUAUUCCGCGAGGGAGAGCCCAAGGCGCUGAGCUAUAACAAGAAAGUACAGUUGUUCUACUUCCAAGAUCUACGCGAAAUGGAGCAGAUUGGACGGCAAAAUAAAGGCCAUGUUGAUUUGCGGAAGCAGUUCCUUGAGGCAUAUGGCCCCGAAGGAGAGAUGGUGAGCGGUAAGAUUUCGCUCAGGGUAGAAACGACUGUUUUGAAAUCUUGUGAGAUGGAUUGUGAAUAUGUUGGAUGUGCUGAAGGAACUGGCUUCAUGGCCUUUAGUUCCCAUCCAAAUCAUUUCUCUUAA